CCACAGCAGCCAGCUUAAAAAAAAGUUUAAGUCAUUCACUAAGUACUAGGAUAUACUCAGUCUUAAGCUGAACUAGACACUGUCCUACAUUAGGUGCCUUGCCCUUAAUAGGGCAGAUCUUGGGAACAGGCUCCAAGAAAGUCUUAUCACCAGACCUGAUUCUGAGUUCACCCUGUUGCACAGGUGCUUUUGUUGAGCUCUUUAUAGUCAAUCUGCAGUCGGGUAAGUAAGAAACAGUUGGCUGAGUCUUUUACGACACCUAAAAUCAUUGCAAGAUUCCUUGUGGUUUGCACCUGUCUUUCCACAAAGAGGUGGGUGGGUUUUUCCUCCAUGGUGACAUUAUUCCUUUACUACAUUAUGGUACAGAAAAAAGGAUGAUGAUGUUUUGUGAAAUAUCUCAGGGUACAUACUACUUAACAGGCAUUGCAUAUAUUACUUUAGAUUCCCCAGCAUGUUUUCUUUAGCAAAUUCUAAUCUUUUUUGGUGUUAUAUGAAAGUUCAUUUUUCAAACUUAGCAUUGAAACAGAUAAUCAGAUUUCUUAAUCUCCCCUUAGUCCCCUCUUACUUUGUAUUUUUCCUUAUCAAAAUAGCCAGCUGGUAAAAAGAAGCAGCCUUUGGAGUGUUUGUUGUUACCUUAUCUUCUCUCUAACUGUAAGGUAACAAUAUUUCCAAAGACUUUACCAAAUUUGAAGAACUGUGUUAUCUUUUAGUAGAGAAAUCACUGCAAAUCAGGAGGCCAGGUUUUGCACAAUUUCUGAUUUAGCUCUCUAAAUACAAUGUUAUCCUUCAGAUAAAACUUCCAUUUCUUUCCUAUAAGCCUUUGGACAUGAAUGCUUAACAGGUGACCUUACUGGUAAUUUCAUAAAUUUUUGGUGAAAUGAAUUGUAUAAGAUCAAUAUAUAUGCAGACUCAUCACAUUUUCUUGAGCUGUGAGGGACUUUAAGAUGAAUCUGGUACAGCUCUGUUAGUGGAUGAAACAUUCAUUUUAACUGUGUAGUCAAUUCUCAAUUAAGAAGGGUAAUGGAGUGGAAGGAGGUCACUGUUAAUCAAAAAUCAUGGUGAAAAUAAAAUUAUAGUCAACACUCGAUUUUCUGAGGGCUGAUUAACUGGUCUGUGUAUUGAGGCUAAUUCCCAAUGGACCAUAGGAUAUCAUCCCUUUGGUCACUGGCCAGCAGCUGCUCACCACUCGGCUCCCACCUACCCUCUCUGUCCUCAGGAGGAGAGGAGCUUCUCAGGAGCUGAACCAGGCAGACCUAGUUGACACUGGCUGGAUUGGCACCAUGGUGGAGACCUUCGUCUUGGGAGGCAGCAGUGGCCUUUUGGACUUGUCCCACCUACCCCUAGACAAUGGGUCUCAAACUUCAAGAAUUAGAACCACCAAGAGGACUAGUUAAGACCCACGUUGCUGGGCCCCAGACCUGAUUUCUAAUGGCAAAGGUCUGGAGUGGGAUCCAAAAACGUACAUUUCUAGAAGCACCCAGGUGAUACUGAUACUGCUGAUCUUUGAAAAUUACUACUUUCUAAACUGUUUCUCAUCCCUCGUUGCACACUAGAAUCACCUGGGGAGCUUUUAAAAACUAUGGUUGACUGGAUGUACCUUGACCAAUUACAUGAAAGGCUUGGGUUGUGGCACUUAGGCAGGGGUAUUUUUAAAGCUCCCCAGGUGGUUCUAAUGUGCAUCUAGGAUUGACAACCAUUGCUCAAGAAUGUUUCCCACACCUCACAAUCUGCAUGCCCCAAGCCUCAUGAGGUUUUUUUCUUUACUCCCCCCAUAUAUUUAUUUAAUAUUUUUCUUUAAAUCAGUUUUUUGUUAUAUAAACAGAUGCACUUAAAAAGCAAACCAUGCAUCCUUUGCGUGUAGGAAAACUAGUUUCACAGGCCAUAAAUGGGGCAUCGUUGUAAUAAAUAUAUUCUCUUUUGACAUUUUUAAGUUCUCACCUGAAAUCAUCUUGCAUUCCAUCACACCUGGGGAGUCUCUGCUCUAAAACUGUGCUUUUUGAUCUUCUUUCUGUCGUAAAGGUGAUAAAAUGCACUAUUUAUGUUCUUCAAGCACUCUCAUGAGCUGUGCUAGCUUUGAGCACCCCGGUCUGCUUAGCAAGAUAAACAGGUCCAAAUGCAGGUGAGAGCAACCAUAUUACGGAAUAACCUCGACUCAAUGAUCAUCUUUAUUUACAAAAAAGUAAUUCAUCAAUAGGAGAACAGAUAAACUGUGGUAUAGCCAAAUAAUGGAACACCAUUCAGCAAUGAAAAGGAACAAACUGCUGACACAUAGAACAACGUGAGUGAAGCUCAGAAACGUUGUGCUGAGUAAAACAGACACAGAAGACCACACAGGUGGCCACUGCAACUGAUGUGGAUGUGCCUGACAAGAUGAAGAGCCCAAUCCCUGUGGUGCUCCUGGCGUGUGGCUCCUUUAACCCCAUCACCAACAUGCACCUGCGCUUGUUUGAGGUGGCCAGAGAUCACCUACAUCAAACAGGAAUGUACCAGGUCAUCCAGGGUAUCAUCUCUCCUGUCAAUGACAACUAUGGGAAGAAAGACCUCGCAGCUUCUCAUCACCGAGUGGCCAUGGCCCAGCUGGCCCUGCAGACAUCCGACUGGAUCCGAGUGGACCCCUGGGAGAGUGAGCAGGCACAGUGGAUGGAGACAGUGAAGGUGCUGAGGCAUCAUCACGGCGAACUGCUCAGAUCUCCACCCCAGAUGGAAGGCCCAGACCAUGGCAAGGCACUCUCCCCCUCCCCUGCAGCUGUGCCUGAGCUGAAGCUUCUCUGCGGGGCAGAUGUCUUGAAGACCUUCCACACCCCCAACCUCUGGAAGGACGCGCACAUCCAGGAAAUAGUGGAGAAGUUUGGCUUGGUGUGCGUGGGCCGGGUGGGUCACGACCCAAAAGGGUACAUCUCAGAAUCUCCCAUCCUACGGAUGCACCAGCACAACAUUCACCUGGCCAAGGAGCCCGUGCAGAAUGAGAUCAGUGCCACGUACAUCAGGCGAGCCUUGAGCCAAGGGCAGAGUGUGAAGUACCUGAUCCCCGAUGCUGUCAUCACCUACAUCAAGGCCCAUGGCCUCUACACCAAGGACAGUGCCUGGAAAGGCACAAGCACCCAGAGCGCUGAGAGAAAGACCAGCUAGGGAGGGGGACUCGGCACCCACACCUCCUCCACCAAGCUCCUGCUCAGGAGAGGGCUGUUAAGGUUUCUGUUUGACUUUGGUUUUUGCUUCUCCAUUUUUCAUUUGUUUAUUUCUACAAUGAUUCUACUUCCGUGGAGUCUUCUGUCCCAGGAAGAGAUCCUUCUUUGUGGGAGAGGAAAGGUCUAAAUCACAAGGAUGGACAUUUAUCAACGAAGUUAAAGUGGCAUGGCAGGUCAUUAGGAUUAGGCAGAAUCUCUCAGAGCUGCUGGACCAAGGAGGCCUACUUAUUUUGUGUGGAUGGUAAUUAUGGUGUGCACACUGAAUGCAGUUCUGAGCAUGGCAAGGGGCCCCUGAGGGUCAGAUCACAAUUGCCCAGAAUGCAGUUUUUAACUAGAACCAGGUGCAGCAUGCUAGUCUUGAUUGGAGAGAUUUGACAGGAUGCUAAUUACUGAACAGUGGGUUUUGUCAAUGCCCCGGUUUCAGAAUAUGAACUGAGGAGUCAAACAGUUGGAAGCAGCACGUUGCUGAUUUACACUGAAUCUUGCCUUACAAACCAUUGUCUGCUUGACUAACCAGCCCUUCAUAAAAUUUAAACAAAACUCUUUCUACGUAGUGAUCCUCAAGCAGUGUUUUUCAUAUGGCAAGUAUCAAACUUGCUGUAGUGUAAAAGCCGGAGCUCCUCAUUUCCAGGUUCCUAAAAAGGAACUGAGGUAAAACAGAUGCCUGACUGUUUUAAAGGAUCUUUUUUAAUGUUUUAUGACUGCCUGUCUGUUUGAAUAUUGGCAAAGGGAUAAAUAAUAAAUUGACAUCAAAAAGUA